AUGAAAGCGGUUCAAGAUCAUCUUCCUACUCUUGUCGGGUUAGCUCGAAGGAACAUUGUUUCUGAAUCGGUUGAGUGCAAGCUGUGUGGGGAAGGGGAGGAGACCAACGAUCAUCUCUUCUCUGGUUGUUAUAUAGCUAUGGGCAUCUUGGAUUUCAUUAGUCAUUGGUGCGGGAUACCAAACAUCUACGCUUUUUCGGGCAAAGACCUCAUCAUGGCUCAUACGGAAGCGUACAUGGAUAACAAGAAAAAUAAAGCGGUUCAAGCAAUCAUCUUCACGGUAGUUUGGUGCUUAUGGAAAUCCAGAAACGAAGCCAUGUUUGAUAAUAAAGAUGUCAACGCCGCAAAAAUUAAACAAGAGAUUAAGGCGUUAGGAUACUUGUGGAUCAAAAAUAGAUCUUGUUGUAAGACCAUUACGUGGAUCGAUUGGUGUAACUUUACUUUGUAA